AUGGCGCCGUCAAACCCACUGGCAAACUGGGAGAAGCUGGGUGAUAGUUUCUAUAGGAAGGUGCCCAUAUAUGAUGCCGUCUUUGAUGAUGACGUCCAAUUAGAGAACUACAUUGUCGUCGGAGCUCCGUACGGAGGAGCUAUUGCUUUGUACCGAGAUGAGAGCAAACUCUUCAGAUUUCGAGAUGCACAAACCAAUAAAUCAAAUAUUGACAUCUACUCAUGUUCGGGUAAACACAUUAAUCGAAUUCAUUGGGAGUAUGGUACCAUCCGUGGACUGGGUUGGUCUGAUAGGGAAGAGCUACUGGUCGUCACGGAGGAUGGUAUGGGAGCCGAGGAGUAUGGCGUCCGAGCUUGCCGGUUCUGGACUUCUGGCUUUGUCGCUUUACUCUCUAAUAACCAGCUGGUGGCUGUCUCUAACUAUGAUGAGCCAAGACCUAAACUUCUAGCACCAUGCCCCGAAGGAGAAGUAUCCUCAUGGUCUUUAAUACCCCCAGCCUAUACACUGUCUCGCUCAGUUGAGGUAUUGCUGGCUGUGGAUAAAACUGUCUACUUGGUAGAUCCAACCGAGUCAGAAGAUAAAGUUCUCCAAAAUGGCCCCUUCAAGCAUGCAAGCGUGUCGCCGACAGGAAAAUUUGUGGCUCUUAUCACAGCCGAGGGUAAAGUAUGGGUUGUAAGCAGCGAUUUCCAAAGCAAGUACAGUGAAUAUGACCCAGAGUCCCGAGUCACCCCCCGAACUGUGGAGUGGUGCGGCGAUGACGCUGUUGUAAUUGCAUGGGAAGAUGAGCUACAUCUUAUUGGCCCUAGCGGUGUUGCUGCUCGAUACUAUUAUGAUGACACUGUUCAUGUUAUGCCUGAGUUUGACGGGGUCCGAUUGAUCACUAAUGAAACCUGCGAGUUCUUACACAAAGUCACUGAGGUAAUCUUUCGGCUUGGGUCUACUUCCCCGGCUUCAGUGCUGUUGGAUUCGGUAGACCUUCUGGAAAAGAAAUCCCCUAAAGCCGAUGAAAAUAUUCAACGGAUCCGUUCAAGUCUACCGGAGGCCGUCGAUAUCUGCGUUAAGGCCGCUGGACACGAAUUUCAUUCUCACUGGCAGAAAAGGUUACUGAAAGCUGCUUCGUUUGGCAAGUCAGUCCUAGAUUUGUAUAACAGCGAUGAGUUUGUAGAGAUGACCGAGAGGCUUCGUGUCCUAAACGCAGUGAGAGACUACCAGAUAGGGCUCCCCAUUUCUUAUGAGCAAUAUAUCCGAUUGACUCCCGAAAAGCUUAUCGAACGCUUGGUGAACCGCCAUGAAUAUCUUUUGGCUAUACGAGUCUCCGAGUAUCUCCAACAUCCUGCAAAUAAAAUCUACGUUCACUGGGCUAGUCAGAAAGUUAAGGUUUCGACAGUUGAUGACGAGGCUGUCUGCAAACUCAUUGUACAAAGACUGGAAGGGAAGCCCGGGAUAUCUUUCGAAUUGAUUGCACAGGCUGCGUACGACGAGGGUCGCGCCCAUCUGGCGACUCAACUUCUGAACCAUGAGCCACGUGCUGGGAAACAAGUUCCAUUGUUGCUGAACAUGGAAGAAGAUGAGAUAGCCCUAGAGAAGGCCAUUGAAAGCGGAGACAAUGAUCUAGUAAACUAUGUACUCUUGCACCUGAAGAGCAAGCUCCCUCUUGCUAGCUUCUUCAGAAUGAUCAACUCACGCCCUAUGGCGUCGGCACUUGUGGAAGCGACUGCUCGGCUAGAAGAUACCGAGUUGCUGAAGGAUCUCUACUACCAGGAUGAUCGCCCAAUCGAUGGUUCGAAUGUUCUUCUCUCGGAGGCACUGAAUGAAACUGAACUAUCACGUAAAACUGGAAAGAUCCAUCUCGCAUCUCGCCUACUAGCAGAUUCUAAAGAUGCGAGUGUGGUCUUACAGCAGAAGUUACUUUCAGAGGCAUCGCAGUUACUGAAGGUACAAGAAAGCUUAGACAAGGACCUUACUGAUCGAUCGGAAUUCCUCGGUUUAAGCUUAAAUCAGACCAUCUACAGGUUGAUCAGGUCGGGUUACGGCAAAAGAGCACAGAAGCUACAAAGCGAAUUCAAGAUGUCAGAGAAGACAUACUGGUGGCUGAGAUUGAGAGCCCUAGUUGCAAAGCGUGACUGGGGUGAGUUGGAGGAAAUCGGCAAAAGCAAGAAGUCGCCAAUCGGAUGGGAGCCUUUCUAUAAUGAGAUAUUGGGCGCCGGGAACACAAAGCUUGCCUCAUUAUUUGUCCCAAAAUGUACCAACCUGUCCGCAGAGGACAAGGUUGAAAUGUGGGUUAAAUGCGGAAUGAUUGUAAAAGCCGGAGAAGAAGCUUUCAGGGCCAAAGAUUUUAAUACCCUUGAGGUACUCCGGGGAAGAGCUUCAGGGCCUGCCGCCACGGAGAUCGAAAGGAUGAUCAACCAGCUCAGGCCUAGGAAAUAG